AUGAAUAGAAGUUCUCUAUAUUUUACAACACUCUUUGGGAUUUUGGCACAAAACUAUCUUAACUUUAUCUCAGAAGCAUUGAGAGUUCUAUGGCUUUUAUUCCUGGGACUAGAAUACGUUAAGUUUGAUGGAUCUGAAUUGAUGAAAAGCGUAAAGAUCUUUAUCGAAACGUCGCACUCUCAGUUGGACACUCUUAUACUUUGUAGCAUCCUAUCAUACUGUGGCUUGAUAAAACAUUAUAGUACUAAACAGCAUAUUAAUGGUAAUCUUAAUCAAUUGAACUUGAAUAACCAAGAACACCCGACGUUAUCAAAGAGGUAUCGUAUAUGCUUCAACAAGACAAACAAAAUAGAUAGAUCUCUUGCAUGGGAACUUGGGAGGCGUGACAUUGAAUGUCCUCAGAAGUUCUGUAAACGUUUUAUGAACAAUGACAGCCCUGCUUAUAAUACUGUGUUCACAAAAACGUGGGUGGCUUUAGUGGGAUUUUUUUUUAAAAGAAAAUUCUUUAAGAACUUAAGGUCUUUGGAAUCGGGCAUUGUCUUUGGAGUCUUUGUUAUUCAAUUCAAAUUUGUUGUAUGCUAUUGUAUCGGUAAAGAAGAACUCUAUGCAAAAUAUUAUGGUGAUUUUGGAUAUUUAGAGGAUUUUAAUUUACUACUUGAAUCUAGCUAG